ACGCAACCAGGAAGACUGGACAUCCCACAAUGCAACGCGAUCCCAAUGAGUCUCUUCUUUAUCAACACAUGGCCAGUGCUUGCUAAUAUUUUCUUGUUUAACUUAAACCUAACUGCGUUUUUGAAGUGUGUGUCAAUUUUUCACUCUGCUACCAAAUGAAAGUUAAAGUCCUCUCGAGGAACCCGGAUGAUUAUGUCCGGGAGACCAAACUAGAUAUUCAGCGUGUUCCUAGAAACUAUGACCCAGCUCUUCAUCCGUUUGAGGUGAGCAGAGAGUACACCCGGGCUCUGAAUGCCACUAAACUUGACAGGGUGUUUGCCAAGCCUUUCCUGGCCUCUCUGGAUGGACACAGAGAUGGGGUGAACUGCAUGGCCAAGCACACCACGAGCCUCUCCACCCUGCUCUCUGGCUCCUGCGAUGGGGAGGUGAAAGUGUGGAAUCUGACCAAACAUGAAUGUGUCCGCACGCUCCAAGCACAUGAAGGUUUUGUCCGGGGAAUGGUUGUCCGUUAUUGUGGAACAUCCUUCUUUACGGUUGGCGAUGACAAAACAAUCAAGCAAUGGAAAAUUGAGGCGCCAGGUUACGGAGAGGAAGAGGAGCCACUCAACACUAUUCUGGGCAAGACAGUCUUCACAGGACUGGACCAUCACCAGAAGGAGGCUGUGUUUGCAACAUGUGGCCAGCAGGUGGACAUCUGGGAUGAGCAGAGGAGCAGCCCAAUCCGCUCUUUCACCUGGGGCGUAGACAGCUUCAGCUCUGUCCGUUUCAACCCUGUGGAGACUGAACUUCUUGCAAGCUGUGCCUCUGACAGAAGUAUAGUACUGUAUGACAUGAGAGAAUCCGCACCACUUAAAAAGGUUAUUAUGACAAUGAGGAGCAACACAUUAUGCUGGAACCCUAUGGAAGCCUAUUACUUCACAUGUUCAAAUGAGGACUACAACCUCUACACAUAUGACAUGAGGUACCUGGACCGGCCAAUCACUGUGCACAUGGACCAUGUCUCUGCAGUGCUGGAUCUUGACUAUUCUCCCACUGGGAAGGAGUUUGUAUCUGCCAGUUUUGACAAAACCAUCCGCAUCUUCCCCAAGGACGGUGGUCACAGCAGGGAAGUCUACCACACCAAACGCAUGCAGCAUGUCAUCUGUAUAAAGUGGUCAGCAGACAACAAAUACAUCCUGAGCGGUUCUGACGAAAUGAAUAUCCGACUGUGGAAAGCCAACGCAGCUGAGAAACUAGGAGUGCUGGCCCCCAGAGAGAGAGAGGCCAGAAACUACAGCCAGAAGCUGAAGGAGAAGUUCCAGCACCACCCGCAGAUCAGACGCAUCGCUCAUCACCGACAUCUACCCAAGAACGUCUACCACCAGAGCAAGGAGCUGAGGAUUAUGAAAGAGGCUCGCCGUAGGAAGGAGAGGAAUGUCCGCAAGCACAGCAAACCAGGCGCUGUUCCUGUGGUGUCUGAGAAGGAGAAGCAUGUUGUGACUGUGGUCAAAUAGACAGAGUUGGAGAAGAGAACAUAAGGCCAAAGGUCUGCCAUCAAGAGGUGGAGCCCAAGAUCACACCCACAUGGGACAUGUUCAGACUGCUUUCACUUAAUAGAAUUUUUUUUUUUUAAAGGUUUAAUUUGUCAGUUGUGGGAAAGACAAGUGCCCAGUUAUGCAUCGUUUGAAGUAAAAGGACACAGACUGUAAAUACAUAUAAACAACAAAUCUUGUAAAGAAUUCUCUUUUCUGCCUUGUUUGGUCCUGUAUUUAAGUGACUAAGCACACGUUUUGCUUUGAGCAAGUUUGUAUCACAGGAUCCACAAACACCACGACAAUUUAUGAAAUUAAGAACAGAUUAAAUUGAUUGUGUUUAAAGAACGUCACGUGACUUGGUACCUACUUGCAACAAUUAAUGUUCCUUGUGGUUUCAUUAGAUUUUUUUUUUUUUUUUUCCAUGAAUGAAGUUCAAGAAAUGUGCUACAGCUGAUUAUUAAAACUACCAGAAAUGGCAUAAAGGUUUCAGUAUGCUUCAAAUGACUUGCAGUCCAACAUCUGAAGGCAAAAGUGUUGUGUUAAGAAUUGCCACACUCAAAGGCCUGUCGAAGAGCUUGCUGUCAUAGCCUCAUCCUGGCUGUAUGCAUGAUCAUUCUCCAAGAAGUCUCUUUUGUUGUUUCAACAUGGUAAAUCGUACAAAUGGGGCUAAUGUUAGACACAUUGGAACAGUCUCUCUGUGAUCUAGUCUCUCAUGGUGCUGCACUCAGUAGUACACAUGAAAAGUGAUGGAAGUAACUAUGACAAAAGACAGCUUGAGAGUAAAGUUCACACCCUCCCUUACUUUCUACUACACACCUGGCCAAUCGCUCCAUAAGGUGGCCGUGAUUUUCCAAUGUUUCUUUAAGUUAUAAAAAUGGUCAUUGUUAAACGAUCAGACGAACAUUUAUUUUAAAGCAUACUGACGCCUUAAGAAACAUUUGCAAAGUGUUAUAUAGCUCCAGGGGUUGUUUUCUAAAGUUUACUUUUAGCCAUUGUACUGGACAUUAAAUACUGAGCUUUGUAAAAUAACCAUCUGAAAGAGAGCAAGGGCAGAUGUUCUGGCUUACUAGCAAAAACAUUUUCAUCAGUUUUGCCAUGUUUCCCCUCAGUUUUGGAAUAUCUAAUUACCUAUGGGUUAGGUAACAUUUUUAGAGUGCAUACUGCACUCAAAAUCUGUGUGUGUAUAUAGGACUGACACACUAUUUGCUGAUGUAUAUUUAUAAUAAACUUCCAAACUAA